GUCCUCGUUCUCUCUCUCGUAACGCUGCUUGUUAUUUAGCUUUGUUGGGAGCCCUCUCGCUAGGGUUAGGGUUUCUGCGAGGCGCUUCUCUGCACGAGAAUUGGACCGAAUUAUGGUGCCGGCGAUCGCUGCGCGUGUCGAAAAAUUCCUCUCUUCGAUUGUCGCCCCUCUCCUCCUCCCUCUUCCGGUGCUCGCCCGGUCGCGGAUGGCUUGAGAUUGGUUUCCAUUUCCGUCUCGUGGGUGGCUGUUCUGGAGAGAAGAUGCGUACUGGUUCUGAACCUGGAACUGCAGAGACAUACAUGAUGUCUGGUGUUGGGUCUAUACCAAAUAUGGCUAUCGUUCCUCCUCCGGUUGGGAUUGAGCUUAUGGGUAACCAACUGCCACCAGAAUAUAUUUUUGACCAAGGACUGAGCUAUUCUGCUGCCGACAGUUAUGGUUAUCUUUGUACAGGAUAUGAAUCACCUGGUGAAUGGGGUGACCACCAUAGUAUUUUUGGGUUAGAUGGUCAUGAUAUGCAUUACAUGGGUCUUCAAGCUGAAAAUGUUCCUUAUGUGUAUUACACACCAGGCUACGGAUAUGCUCAGUCUCCCUUUAACCAGUGUACUCCUUACGUACCCAGUGCUGUCACAGGUCUAGAUGGCCCAUAUGUAGGAGCUCAACAGUAUUUGAACAUUCCUUCAUACAGGCCUCCUAUUUCUUCACCUGCUUAUAUUCCAGUUAUCGUACAACCUAGUCCAGAUUUUAUGACUAAUAACACUGUUGAUCCCACCUUUCUUGGUGCUGGCGCAAUUGCUACUAGACCUGUUAAUGCAGGUGUCAAAAAUACACCUCCACAAGCAUCUGUCAGUGCAGCUGCCUCUUCUCGACUAGCAGCUUCUAUGACUCCAUUCGUCAUGUCAGAUGAAUCUCACCCAUCACAUAAGAAUCAAGCUGCAGCCAAACCAUUUGAAGGGUUACAAAUCAACAUUCCACCAAGCAAUCAGUUUGCAUUGCAGGAAGCUGUGAUGUAUGGUAGUGGCACUCAUGGGCAUCAGGGUGUAGGACCCGAUCUGAUGCAAUCUACAUAUCAGUUUUCACAUGGAAGGGUUCCUUCCAUCCAGAAUUAUGUAAAAGUUGCUGCACCAUCCAACAGUGGCUUAACAAAUCGUGGGUCCAAUGUUCUUGGGUUGACUGGUUGGGAUGAGCAGAGACGAGGACCACAGUUUCAAGGCAUUGCUAUUGAUGCUGGCAGAAACCCAGAUGUUUUAGCUGAACAGAAUAAGGGACCAAGAACAAACAGGCCUAAGGAUCAGUUGUCUUUAUCAGGUCUUGAGUCAUCUGAAUCGAUCCAAAAAAGUGCUAGUGAUGGUCAAGGAGGAUGCAUUAUUAUUGACCCUGACCACUAUAAUAAGGAUGAUUUCCCUGUUGACUAUCCAGAUGCAAGGUUCUUUGUAAUUAAAUCUUACAGCGAGGAUGAUGUGCAUAAGAGUAUCAAGUAUAAUGUAUGGUCAAGCACUCAUAAUGGGAACAGAAGACUUGAUGGGGCCUAUGAAGAUGCACAAAGCAAAUCUGUAGGCAGGCCAAGAAAGUGCCCCGUCUUUCUUUUCUUUUCUGUCAAUGCAAGUGGGCAGUUUUGUGGCCUUGCUGAGAUGGUUGGCCCUGUUGAUUUUGACAAGGAUAUGAAUUUUUGGCAGCAAGAUAAGUGGUCUGGCAGCUUCCCUGUGAAGUGGCACAUAAUCAAAGAUGUGCCAAAUUCUAGCCUCCGACACAUCAUAUUAGAGAACAACGAAAAUAAGCCUGUAACUAAUAGCAGAGACACACAAGAGAUUCCAUACAGCGCAGGCAUCGAUAUGCUGAAAAUUUUUAAGACUAGCCUGCUGAAGACAUCAAUACUUGAUGACUUUAUGUUCUACGAAGAGCGGCAGAAGAAGAUGCUUGAAGACAAAUUUAGGCAUCUUGGGAGCAGCUACAAUACUUAUGUACCUGCAUUUGUUUCUGUUAGUGGACCUGCUGACAAAGCUGGACAGCCUUCAGGAGAAGAUGGAAAUCAACCUAGCGGUACAGGAAAGAUUGCCCAAGCAGUCGGACAUCAGACUAUUAGUGAAUCAGAACAGUCUUCAAAAUAUAAGGAGAAACUGCAAGAUGAUACAAAUUCUAGGCCUUCAAAAGUAGUCGGAGAACAUUCAGGUGUCGCAGUUGGUCAGUCUCAGAAAACGGAUGGGAAACAGUCGAGUGUUGCUAUUAGCUUAUCUACCAAUGCAGAUGGGAAAUGUUUGACCGACACAAAAGACCCACCUCCUAUAGCAAAUGGAGUUCAACCAAAUAAAGUGGUUCAGCCUCCAAAUGCAGAUACCAAGUCAAGACCUGCAAAUCGUCCUCCAAAAUCUGAUGGAAAAGAGUCUAGUCUUGUGAUGAAUCAGCUACCAAAAGCAGAAAUAGAACCACCAAGUCUCGAAGUUCCUCCACAAGCGGAUGGAAAGCAGUCAAAAUGGAAAAUUAGUCAGCCUCCAAAAUCAGAUGGGAACCCCGCCAGGGCCAAGGAUGUGAAUGGUGUAGGUAAGGGAGGCCCUGGUGGGGAACAGUUCAAGGAAAAAACACAGCUUGCCUCGGAAUCUUCCACUGCCACAGAUCACAAGGGUACUAAUGUUGUCUCAAAAGCUGGUGCACCUUCUCUUGGUCCAAAGCUUAGGGCAGCCAAAAGCCCAGGCACCAUGGAGCCAGAGGUCAUUUCCCCCGAUUUUGUUAAGGUUGGUUCAGUGCCAAUCAAAGUUAAGGAUCUUGGUGAAUCUUCUAUGGUUAUGAGUGUAGGGACUUUACCUACUGAUUCUAAAGGACCAAAGCCUAGCAAGAAGGCUGACAGUCAGCAGCCAAAGAAAUGACAGUGGUUUAGAUAAUCAUGCUCAUCCAUUUUGCUCUUAGUUUGCGUGGUCUUAUUGGCAGUGAAUGAGGCUUUUCAUCAAUCUGUGUGACUCUUGAUUAUGCAAAGGUGAUCCAACAUCUAGGAGUUUUUUUUUUAGCAUCAGUCAACUCCGCCAGGGCUUUGAUUUGCUGUGGUGGGGUCCAUUUGCAUUUCAUUGCUUUUUUUUGUUACCCUCAGCUGUUUUGGUGAAAUGGUUAGGGGUUGGGGAUUCUUUUUCCAACUGUUGAUGAAAUCUUGUUCUGAAGUCUUACAAAGUUGUAACUCUUUUCUCCUUUCAUAUGACAUCGACAAUUGAAUACAGAUCCAAUAUAGUGGGGUGAAUUAUAGUGUCUCA